AUGUCUCUCCUCACUGCGCUCUCAAAAUCAGCAGUUCAGAAGCAAGUCUUCCCAAAUUUUACAAGAGCCAUAUCUGUGCAGUCAUUGCUGCAUGGGUCCCCGGAGGCAAAGCGGGCUGGAGAGCUAGAGAUUCUUCAGCACUCGCGACUUGUCGGAAGGGGAAAAUACAUACACUCCUUUGAAACUCAUCGCGUCAAGCCGGACCGCGUAGAGGAAUACAAGAAAGCGGCCGAGGCGUACUACACCGGCAUCGUGGCCGAUUCUCCACUCAAGGUUAAACUCACCGGCAGCUGGGAAACUGUCAUCGGAGAGCAAGACACAUUCGUGCACAUCCUAGAGUACGAACACUACGGUGGAUACGACAAAGCGUACGAAGCCAUACAGUCGACAGACCACCGCAAGGCAUACCAGGCCAUGCUUCCUCACCUUAACUCUCGUGCCUCGCAACUCACCCAAGAAUUCGCUUUCUUCCCCACAACUCCGCCCCAAGAGAAGGGCGGUGUCUUCGAACUGAGGUCAUACCAGCUCAAACCCGGAACACUUUUGGAAUGGGAGAACACAUGGCGAAAGGGCAUUGAGGCCAGGAAGAAGUUCGUGGCCCCGGUGGGAGCUUGGUUCUCCCAGGUCGGUCGUCUUCAUCAAGUCCAUCACAUGUGGCAAUAUCCUUCUCUCCAGAAGCGGAAGGAAAUGCGUGAAGAGGCUUGGCAAAUCGAUGGCUGGGCCGAUACAGUGUCCAAGACCGCACAACUUGCGAAAUUCAUGGACUCGUUCAUCCUCGUUCCCCUCAAGUUCAGCCCGCUGAAAUGA